GUCACUGCAUUAAGUUCAAUUACUUUAAGUAUACUUAAUAUUUUAAUUAAACUACAUUAAGUAUACUUAAUAUUUCAAUUUAAUAACAGUUUAUAAUGGAGGAUUCCAAACUUGUAAAACUAGUAAAACAGUAUGACUGCAUUUACAACAAAAAUAAUAUGGACUUCAAAUCCAUUUCAAAGAAAAGAGCUGCUUGGCAGCGCAUAGCUCAUGAGAUGGGAGUUUAUGAACAGGAUUGUGUACGUCGUUGGACGAAUUUGAGGGAGCGCUUUACCAAAGAAAAUCGUCGGGUGAGUGCACUUGCUAAUAAUGGUAUGACUACGCCAAACCUAUGGCCGCUAUACAAUGAACUGACUUUUUUAAAGUCACACAUAGUACCUCGAGUGAAUCGUCAGAAAUGGAUAUUUACCGCUGAAGGUAAGGAACCACAAAUGGAUUAUAGGGCAGAAUCUUCCAUGAAUGGACAAGAAGAUGCUAAUGAAUAUGAAUGUUUUACGGAACCGUACCAAUUUAAAAGUUCUGCAUCUAUCUUAUCCGAGACGGAUACAUUAGAGGAAGAGGUUGAGGUUUUCAUUCCUAACGAUACGUCACAAUCAUCACCAACGUUUAAACCGGAAAUACAAAAUGAAUCUUAUCAUACACACAAUGCGAAUCGUGAUUUAUAUGCAGCUUUAAAAAUGAUUAAACAAGAUUAUGGAAGUCUGAGAUCACGUCACCAAAAUCCUGCUGUACAAGGUUUUGGUCAAAUGAUUAUGGAAACUAUCAGUGGAAUGAGUGAACGAAAGCAAGCGAUAGCAAUGCAAAGAGUAACCGAACUGGUAAUGAACAUAAAACUAGAACCCGAAGCUUAAUAAAAAAACAAGCAAUAAAGUUAGCUGCAAUUGUACCAAAUUAAA